UAGGGGCCGCGUGAGGAAGAGGGUAGAGCCCUACACGAGGAAAGCCACCGGCCAGCGCCCUGCCACCAUGCCCAAGAGGAAGGCAAAGGCGGAUGCUAAAGGCGACAGAGUGAAGGGGAAGGAGGAGCCGCAGAGGAAGUCGGCGCGGUUGUCUGCUAAGCCUGCUGCUGCUGCAAAACCCGGGCCCGGGCCCAAACAGGCCCCUGCAAAGAAGGGGGAGAAGCCGCCCAAAGGCCGAAAGGGGAAAGCAGAUGUCGGCAAGGAUGGGAACAGCCCUUCCAGAGCCCGAGAGGCCGCCGCAGCCCAGUCGCAGAGAGCGGAAGGCACCGGGGAUGCCCAGUGAAGUGGACUUUGCUCAUAGCUCUGUGCUUCUAAUGCUCUACUAUUUGAAAUACUAUUUUUUAAAUCAAAUUUUAUAAAACUGCGGGGUUGUGGUUUUUUUAAAUGUUAGCAUGAAGACACUUUGUUGUUGUCUUUUGUGGAAAAGGCAAAUACCACUGAUAGUGUUUAGCAGCUGGAUAAAAACGCGGGAAACGGGGUUUCUGUCCUCGUUUUUGAACAUUAUUCUCGGUUCCGUGCGCCAGCCGCUUUGGCUCAGGAGACGUACCGUGUGGGGAAGCCAAGCAUCGCGUCUUCCUUCCUGACCCCUCAGCUCAGGACGUGGCCUCGGCUCCCCGGCCGGCGGCUGUUGGGUAGCAGCGCUCAGGCUUCUGGGGAUGAGGGCGCUCAGGCUUUCUGGGGAUGAGGGCGCGAUGGUGUUGCUCAGAAGAGCCGAGGUUUCUGUUUCCAGGUUGUGGAUCGUCCCAUGGAGAAUCCUGCAGCUUUAGAAUCUCUUCUCCAUGGCAGAGCUGACUGUGAACAGCUCUUAGAUGCCGCCUAUAAAAUCUCUCCCUUCUGAGAGCUCUUCCUGUUCAAAGCAGCAACGGAAGAUUUGAUUGACUUUUUGAGGAGAGGCUUUUGGAAGCUGUAAAAUUUGUGUGUGUGUCUGUGUGUGUGGAAGUUGUAAAAUUUUAUAGAUUGUUACCCAUAUUCUGCUGGAAGUAACAGAGGUUUUUGUUUUGUUUGUUGUUGUUCAUUUGUGUGUGUGUGUGUGUUUAAGUACCUGAAAAAGGGGGAAAGCAAAUUGGCAGUGGGAGGGGGACCAUUUCCUACCCAAAUUCAUGGAGAUAUUAUCAUAGAGAUGCCUUGUAAAAGUUGUAUAGUUGUGCUUUUCCCAUUUAUCCUUAGCCUUUCUGAACUGAUUUUUGUGACACAUGCGUGGUAGAUGUUCAAUAUAUUUUUUCCAUAUGGAUAAGUGGUCAUCCCAGCACCAUUUUUUGAAAAGUUUAUCCAUUCCUCCACUGAUCGGUAAUACUGCUCUUUCAUAAAUCAAGUUUCUGUGUGUGUGGAGGGGGAGGGGGGGAUCUGAUGGUGGCUUCUAGUUUAACUGACCGGCCAGUUUGUCUAACCUGUGGCCGUGCUAUACAAUCCUGAGUACUACAACUUUUAAAAAAAUCUUGAUAUCUCAGGACAAAUCCAACCCCCACCUCCAGCACCUCCGCCAAAGUUUUCUUCCUUGGGAGUGUCUUGACUAUGUUUAGCUAGGCAAGUUCUAAAUCAAACAAACAAAAAUGUGUUGGAAUUUUAUUGGAUUUGUAUUGAACUUGUAAAUUACAGUGUUGAGUCUUUCAAUCUAUGAACCUAGUAUAGCUUCGUUUAUUUAGGAUCUUUAAAUGUCUUUCAAUAAAGUUUUAUAAUUUUCUCCAUGAA